CCGUCCCAAAUAAUUGCAGCCCACCAACGCCAUGGCCGCCGACGACUCCAAGGGAAAGAAGCGCAAGAGCGCACCGGAGACGGCGCCCAAAGCGAAGAAGCCCAGAAAGUCGGACGAUGUUGCUGCCAGCGAGCCCAAGCCGACGAGGAAAUCGGCGCGCAAGCAGGCCGCCGACUUCAUGGGCAUUGACGAGGAAGAAGCUGCGCCUGCUGUUGCCGCCGAACCCGUCAAGCCGAAGAAGGACAAGCAGAGCAAAGCUGCCGCCGCCUCCGCUGCUGCUACCAAGGUGGCUGAACCUGUCGCAGAAGCGGUAGAGGCCGCCGAAGUUCAGGAAAAGCCCAAGAAGCAGGCAAAGAAGGCAAAGGCCGUAGUCGCAGAGGAGACGACCGUCACAGAGACCCCCAAGGAGACGACCAAUAAGGCAAAGAAGACAAAAGCGGCUGCAGAUGCCCCCGCCAUCGUAGAAGAGACGGCCAUAGUCACCAAGGCCAAGAAAACAAAGGGUGCCAAGAAGCAGGAAGCACCCGAACCAGAGGUCGAGGCCACUGAGACAGCCGUCGUCUCAGAUGACGAUGACGACGUUGCCGAAGACGAUCAGACAGCAGCCCUGCUUGCUGGGUUUAGCGAUGAUGACUCCGAAGAUGCCGAAGAAGACGAAAACUUCAACGAGGAUGAGAAGAUUCCGAAACUGAGCGCAAAACAGCGGAAAGCCCUCAAGCAGGCUCAGGACGCCCCCAAGGCCGACCAGCCGGGCGUCAUCUACGUUGGUCGUGUGCCCCGCGGUUUUUUCGAGCCCCAAAUGAAGAAGUAUUUCUCCCAAUUUGGAAAGGUCAACAACCUACGCCUGUCCCGUAACAAAAAGACGGGUGCCUCCAAGCACUAUGCUUUCGUCGAGUUCCAAUCCCAAGAGGUAGCCGACAUUGUUGCGCGAACCAUGAACAACUAUCUACUCUUCGGCCACAUACUCAAGGUCCACCUUAUUCCAAACGACCAAGUACACCCCGAUCUCUUCAAAGGUGCGAACCAGCGAUUCAAGGUUGACCCUCGCAACAAGAAGGCCGGUCUCGAGAUGGAGCGUGGUGCCGAACGCUCGCAGUGGGAGAAGCGCGUUGAGAACGAGAACAAGAGGAGACAAAGCAAGGCUAAGCAGCUAAAGGAAGCCUUCGACUACGAGUUCGAAGCACCGGUCCUCAAGACCGUUGACAGUGUUCCUCAGCACACUACUAUAAAGAAACUGCAACCCGCAGAGUCCAAGAAGCUUCUGGUCGACGCCCCCGCCGCAGAGGUGGCCGACGCAGAGCCACCAAAGGGCAAGAAGGGCAAGAAAGGAGCAAAGGCUCAAGCUGAAACAAAACCGGUGGAGGCUGUUGAGGCCACCAAGGUUGCGUCACCUGCGCAGGCAAAAAAGGGCAAGAAGGCCGCAAAGGCGAACGCAGAUGAGCCCAACGGUGUGACUGAAGAGGCGCCCGUCGUAGCCGAACCGGUCGCUGACAAGAAAAACAAGAAGGACAAGAAGCGCAAGUCCGACGUUGCGCUUGAGACUGCUGCCGUCACUGAAGAGACAGUCUCUGAGGUUGCGCCCAAGAGCAAGAAGCCCAAGAAGGAAAAGGAAACCAAGCCCGAGCCCAUUGUUGAGGAAGUCGAGGAGAAGAAGGCGGCUGCAAAGCCGAAAAAGGCCAAGAAGUCCAAGGCUUGAGUACAUUUAUCUCUUGACAUGGUACAUUUGACUUGCUUCUGAGUCGCCAAAACUAUUCAUGUAUGUGUUAUGUUGUGUCAUGUAGUUGUGAAUACUUGUCUCCUUGACGUUUGGUGGUUUUCACUUCGUUCUUGCACAGACUAGGGGUGCACUAUUAAAAGCAAAGCAUCGGGUUGAAUAUACUAAACAUAUACUCUUAUUC